GUGUCUAGGGCUGCACUCGAAUGCAAUGAAGACAACUGUGAUCGCUACCAAAUAUUUAUAGCCAAGAAUUUCUGUCCUGAGCAGCUUGUUUUUGUUGAUGAAUCAGCUUGUAAUCGGAUUACAACAAAGUGUCCAAUGGCCUGGUCUCCGAUUGGCACACAUGCAUGCUGCCAUGGAUAUUUCAUCCAUGGGCAAAGGUAUCCAAUCCUACCUGCUCUCUCGUUAGAUGGCAUCCUGCACCUUGAUGUGCUUGAUUGUUCAUAUACAUUGGCAACAUUCAAUGAGUUCAUAGAUGGUUUGCUCAAUAAUAUGAACCCUUUUCCUCAGAAAAAUUCCAUAAUUGUGAUGGAUAAUGCA